GGUUUUUGGAACACAAGAAGUUGGGGGAAAGAUUGAUUUACAUACGGCUUUGAAGAUGACUCCAAAGCAUGAAAAACAGGAAUUUGUAACAGUAUGGGUGCGAGAUCCCAGGUUACAGAAGGAAGAUUUUUGGCAUUCCUAUAUAGAUUAUGAAAUCUUCAUUCAUACAAAUAGCAUGUGUUUUACAAGAAAAACAUCUUGUGUUCGACGCCGUUUUCGAGAAUUUGUGUGGCUCAGAAAGAAACUUCAAAGCAAUGCUGUAUUAAUAAAAUUACCAGACCUUCCACCUAAAACUCCCUUUUUUAAUUCAAAUAAUUCUCAGCAUGUAGACCAGCGUCGCCAAGGUUUGCAAGAAUUUCUCCAAAAGGUGCUCCAGAAUCCAGUUUUGCUUUCAGACAGUAGACUUCAUCUGUUCGUACAAACACAACUGAGUCCUGAAGACAUUGAGGCCUGUGUUUCUGGAAAUACGAAAUAUUCUGUAGCUGAAGCAAUCCAUGGCUUUGCUUAUUUGAAACGACGAUUUCCUGUAGAACAUGAAGAGAAGAAAAAAGAAAAUUAUGCCGAUUCAGAUUCUGAGAGUUCAUCCUCUGGGCUUGAACACAGUGGCGAUGAUAGCAAUUCACACAGACAUAAGGCAAGCACAGCUCAUGAAGAACCCUGAAAUAUUAUUUGCACUCUACUGUUCCUGGAAUGACAGGCAUAACUUGAAAGUUGCAUGUGACCCUUCAAACUACUUCCCAAAGCACGUGCUUUUUGUUUUCAAAACGGUUUUGAAAAAUAUACAGUAUAUGCAGUAGAGGUUGUAUGGGCUGGGAAUUAUGAAAAUAAUAGUCCAAGUCUUUUGCAAGCCAAGCAGGAGAAACCUGAUUUAUGUUAUUGAACAGUUAUGAAUUACAUCUGUAGAGACACCUUCAGUAUCUUAGAUUUCCUGAUGUAAUCCUUUGGGGGUCAUUAUAAGAGAGAGCAGAGAAAACCUCUAAAUGAAUGAUGUUGAAAUAUGUUGGAAUAUCUGACCUCAAAAUGUACAAAUUCUAUUUUCAUUUGGCAUUUUAAAUGACAAUAUGGCCACAUAAUUCCAUCAUAUUGUACAAACCAAACUUAACUGAAUGUAAAAUGUAAUUUAAAAAACACUGUUUUUAAUUACACUUAUUGCGAGGUAAGUAUGCGUAUGUACUCAGCAAUACAGGAAUAAAUGACCAAAUUACUUUUAAAUAAACAUUCUAAAAUAUUAGCUUCAUCUCAAUAAAUACUUGAACACUAUGUUAUAAUCAAACUUACAGAGUUUCAUCAAGUGCUUGAGUCAGUAUGCUUAGAUGCAACUGAAGUCAGUAGGUUUAAGCUUGCCUAACAAUUGUCACAGGUUGUGUAAAUAUAUAUUUCAGACCCAUACUCCCAUUGACAGCAGGCAACGGGAUUUCAUUUUUUAUGUGGGCCAGUGUGCUCACAAUAAAAAAAAAGGCAAUAAACGUUACUUUAUCUUUUUGGAAUCGAAGUACAUCGCAUUUGAGGGCACCAGGUUGAAGGAACCUAAUAUGUCUUGCUCUUUGAUGCAAUAAAGAAACAAUGUUGUAUAGCAAACUCUCUUUGCAUUAUAAAAGUGUUAUGCUAUAUUUUCAAAUUUCUCUUUCUAGAUAUAACAGUGAAGGAACUAGAUUUUAGCCAGAGGAGCAGGAAAUACCAAAAGAUAAUUUAAUUUUUUUAGGGAUAUGUAUGUUUAAAGCAUCGUAAACUCAAUUCAUUUUGGAAAUCCUCAGUAAAAUUAACUGGUACCCAAUCCAAAAAAUGCAUUUAUUAUGGAACUAAUUUUCAUAUUCUAUUCAUAUUAAGCAAUACUUUUUGAAGGUCAUGGAGUAUAUUUUGGAAUGAGGGAGGGGGAAGAAGUGGUAAAUAUUUAGAGCCAACAAUCCUUUUGCUAUUAUGGUUGAACAUUAAAUAAUCUUGCAGAUUAUUUUAUUUAAUUGGAUAAAACUAUUUAGGCCUAAAUAAGAAAAAGUGCUAGGCACUUAUGCUUAGGUAACAGCCUGAACAUGAAAGUAAAAUCACAAGUGCAGCGUUUGCUACUGUUACAUAAAAUGAACAAAAGGCAUUCUAACUGAGGAAAGAGAAGAUAAAAAAGACCAAACAAAAUGGAAUAAGAUAUUGUAGCCUACUAAAAUUAUAGAAAUCUAGUUAUUACUGUCAAGCAAUUUGAAGCAAUGUGUAUGCUAUAAAUUUAUUGAUUGCUAAUUUUAGUAUAUGAUGUGUAAAGACUUAUGUGAUGUCAUUUAAUUGAUGCCUGCUGGAGGAUAAACAAUUAUUUCAGCCUUAAGUAUGGCAAAUAGAAGGCUUGGGAACCACUGUUACAUUAAAAUUCCACUGUGAAUUGCUGGAUUUAAUGCAGUUUGUCAUUUGUUUUAUCAAUACUGUGCAUAUUAACCAUGUUGCUUCAGUAUUACUAUAUUCAUACUUUUUAUACAGCAAAGCUCUACAUGCUUACCAUGAUGUAAAUCCAUCUAAAUUAUUUAGAGUGUAUCUGAUUGCAGCGUGACCCUUUACAUAUUUUAUGUCUAUCAAAUAUUAGUGAAAUGCUUAAAACGGAAAUAUGUGGACUCUUAAAAUGUCUAGAAAACACUUCUAUUUUGUUAUAUUUCCAAAAUAAAACAUCUU